AUCCAACCAUCCAAAAAUACCCCUAGCUUGCUACCCCGAACCCAAGUAUUCUUCAAACGCGAGUGUUUUGUCGCUGGCGUGGUUUGCAAUCUCGUGUCCAGUGGUUCUAGCUCACCAUGGUAGCCAUGGCCCAAGGAACCCAUCGACACAUGGGCGACGACGGUAAUGAGGAGGUCCUGGUGGUGCGACGAGGUUUGCUUUUCUCCAGUGGACAAAUCGAAGCCCGACACUUUGGCCAUGACACGACAACGUCCGCCCACCAUCGCCAGCACUGGGCGCUACGAUAUGUAGAGCUGUCGACAGACCACAUGCUUCGAUUCUACACUACACCCGGGGGGGCCAUCACUAGCUCCGUGAAUGUAAACCACUGCCAGAAUGUGCAUACAGCUGUGUUGGACACGCCCGCAGUGUCAGGGCGCCGGCUGACCAGUGCGUGGCGAGUUCACGUGCAAGUGGACUCGACCCAGUCAAUUGUCUUAGGGGCGUUGUCUGAAUCAAGCAUGAAAGGGUGGGCUACCGCCCUUCAAGCGCAAUGUAUUCGUCCACUUGGUCAAACUCCGUCAAUCAAGCCCAACGUACCACGCACCGUCGCCGCCAUCGAAACUAUCGCGAAAGUGUGGCGGCAACUGUUCCCCCCGCCAAGCCCAACGACGUCGGCUUCCCACGAGAGACGAAAACGAUACCAUUACCAACGAACCAUGUCUGCAACCCGUUGAUACCACUAGCUGCAGUGUACGAUACAAACAAUUCCAUCGAAGGCGAAUUUACACUGGAUUUGUACAGUGCCGGACUAUUGUAGUAUCACAUUCCCUUGAAUAUGUGUUGCCCAACACAAACAUAUACAGUAUAUAUAUAAAUGAUGAAGGACUUCCAUUGAA